AAUAUUACAAAAAAAGGAACUCAGAUGUUCUUAUUUUCGUUCCUAUUUCUAGCUAUUCAUAAGUUUAAUCUAUGACCCGCAGUUUAAACAAAUAUAUUUAUAUCGUAAAAAAUUGAGAUUUCAAAAUUAAGUGUUUUCUACUUUAAAAAAAAUUUAUUAAAUACAAUGGGUAAAAAAGAUAAAAACAAAAAAAUAAGUGGUAAUGAAAAAACUGCACUUAAAACUGAAAAGAAGUUGAAUGCUAAACAGAAAAAAGAAUUAGCUAAACUUGGCGAGGAUGACAUAGAAAAUAUUAUUGCUCAAAUUGAAAAAGAAGAAGCUAAAAGACAAUGUAUUAUUGAAAAAACUGUAGCACCACCAUCUAGACGUAUAAAUUUUACCUUAACAACACAUCCUUUCAAAGAUGAACUUAUUAUGUUUGGUGGAGAAUUUCAUGAUGGACGAAUGACAUUUGUUUAUGGUGAUAUGUUUAUAUAUAAUUUAAACAAAAAUGAAUGGAUGAUUAUAAAAGUACCUGGUGCUCCACCUCCACGUUGUGGUCAUCAAGCAAUAACUACAGCUGCAAAUAAAGGAGAACUUUGGAUAUUUGGUGGUGAAUUUUCGAGUCCUUCAGAAUCACAAUUUUAUCACUACAAAGAUUUAUGGGUUUAUCGAUUUGCAGAAAAAUGGAUAAAAAUUUUACGUCCUGGUGGACCAUCAGCUAGAAGUGGUCACAGAAUGGUUCAUAUAAAAAAACAAUUGGUAAUUUUUGGUGGUUUUCAUGACAAUUUGAAAGAUUAUAAAUAUUAUAAUGAUGUACAUAUAUUUGAUCUUGAAACAUAUAUAUGGCAUAAAAUUGAAUUAUCUGGUAUUCCACCACUUCCAAGAUCUGGAAGCAUACUGUUGCCGAUUCCUGAAAAUAAACUUCUUAUAUAUGGUGGUUAUAGUAAGAAAGAAUCACCACGAUGUGGCAUAUCAGCCACAUUAAUUCAAUCAAAUUUGGCUUAUUUAUUUGGUGGAGUUUUUGAUGAAGAAAAUGAAGAAGAACUCCAUGGAAUAUUUUACAAUGAUUUAUUAGUUUUAGAUUUGGAAAAAUUUCAAUGGCACAUAGUAACAUUAAAUGGAAAAAAAAAUAUAAGUACACAACAUCGAAGAAGAAAACCGAAGGAAAAAGAGCAACAAGAUGAUUUGAUUGAAAAUAAAGAUGACAAUAAUGAAGAAAUGCAAGAAGCAUCCUCUAUUUUUAUUAAUUCUACAGUUGUUGAUAAUGAUGGAAUAUUUACAGUUACAAUAGGACCAACACAAAAAACUACUGUUGAUAAAAAAGAAAACAUAUAUAAAAAUAUGUUCAUUCCAUGUCCACGAAUAAAUUGUGGACUUGCUGUAAAACAUAAUGUUUUAUAUUUAUAUGGUGGUAUGUUUGAAGAUGGAAAUCGACAAUAUACACUUAAUGAUUUUUAUAGUUUAGAUUGUCGAAAAUUGGAUGAAUGGAAAACAAUAUUAGAAGAUGAUUUAUCUUCCCAAACUUGGUAUGAUUCUAGUGACUCGAGUACAGAUAAUGAAGAUAUAGAUACAGAUGAUAACAAUGAAAAUGAAAAUGAUCUUAUAGAUAUGCAAGUGGAUGAAUAAUGAAAAAUAAUAAUAAAUAUAUAUUAUGAAAUAAAAUGAAUUGAAUAUAUUAUUUUUUAAAUUA